AAAAUUGGGAUUUUAUAAUGCUUUUCCAACAGAGUUCAAAUGCGAUAUAAUUUUAAUUACAUUUAAAUAAAUAAAAACAAAAUUUUAAUCACAACAAAAGUUCAUUGGCAUGUUUAUUUUGUUUAUUUUUAGUUCAAAGUUCACUUUUUAAUAUAAAUGUUUAUGUUUGUUGAUAUGUGUGCAAAAAAUACACUUAAAAAGGCUACAAUAAAAGAGGUUAAGAAGUAGAUAAUUAGCUAGCAGAAUUAUUACGUUCACUUUUUUAUGAGUUGUAAAUUAAAAUUUUUGGCCUAUGGCUUUAGUUAGCUUUUGGGCAUAAUAAAGAAGAGAAUUCGGUCUGUACGCGCCAAAAUAAAAAAAAAAAUUUAUCAUAUUCGAUUAUAAAAAAAUUGCUAAAGAACUUACCUAAUUGAUUCAGUGCUUAAAAUAGAAUGACAAAUCGUGAUCGAAUUUAUUUAGUGCAAGAUGAUGAAAAUUUAUCUACAUUUCAAUAUGAUAAAGAUUUACCAUCCUUACCACUUCCCAAAUUAAAAGAUACUAUGGAAAGAUACUUUCAAUCUUUAAAACCAUUUGGAAAUAAUAAAGAAUUAAAUGAAGUACAAAAACGAAUUGCAGAUUUUCAAAAUGGAAUUGGAAAAGAUCUUCAUUUUGAACUUGAAAAAAGAUCUAAAAUUCGUAAAAAUUGGUUAGAAGGAUGGUGGGAAGAUUAUGCUUAUCAUUUAUUACGAAUACCUUUAUAUCCAUAUACAGUUAUGGGAAUGCCAUUUUUAUUUGAAGCGGUUUCAGUUCCAGAAACACAUAAAGAUUCAUUACGUGUAUUAGCUAGAGUAUCCUAUUAUUCAUUACAAUUUUGGGAUAUAAUAAGAAGGGAAAAGUUACGACCUGCUUCAACAAACAAUGGAGAAGUAAAAUAUUCUUCGAAACUUUUUAGACACUUUUUUUCAACGGUACGACUUCCAGGUGAAGAACAAGAUAAAAUAAUUUCGUACUUUUUACCAGUUUCUGAAGGUGAAGGUCCUCACAAUGGAAUCGUUUUGGCAAGGGGGCGAAUUUUUAAAUUUGAUUGCUUGAAUGAAGAUAAAUCUUUAUUAACUCCUCAGCAAUUGCUUAAUAUUUUUGAAAUUAUACGAGCUAGAGUUGAUAGCGAUGAUUUGGGAGAUUGUGUUCCAGUUUUAACAGCCGAUAAUCGUACAAACUGGGCAAAAAAUCGAGAUUAUUUACAUGAACUUUCUUCCGAAAAUGUUGAAAUUAUAAAAGAGAUUGAGAAAAGCAUAUUAACAGUAACGUUUGAUGAUCAUGAACCCAGUGAUUAUUCUGAGGUAUGCACUUUUUCAUUAGCAGGAGAUUUUCACUCCAAAUGGUGUGAUAAAACAAGUGGUAUAUUAUUUUUUAGAAAUGGUCGAAUGGGGGGUGUAGGAGAGCACUCGGCUUAUGACGGAACAAUUAGUAUAACUUAUGAUAUCUUCGUUUCACUAAGUUUAUUAGAAUUUCCUGAGCCAAAUUGGGACGAAAGACCUGGAUUACUGCCACAAUUAGAAGAGCUACAUUUUGUAUUGGAUGAUCACAUUAAGAGCGAAAUUGAAAGAAUGAUGAAAGAUUGUGAAGAAAGGAAAAAUGAUAUUCUUGUAUCUUUUGAUGUUUUCCAUAAAUUUGGAAAAGAGUAUUUAAAAACUGUUCGAAUACAUCCAGAUGCAUUUUUUCAAACAAUAUUGCAAUUAGUUUAUUAUAAGUUACAUAAUGAAUUUGCUCCAACAUAUGAAACGGCUUUAAUGAGACAUUAUUAUAAUGGACGAACUGAAACUCUUCGUUCAUGUACUACAAAAGUAACAGAAUUUAUAAAAUCUGCUGUAAAUAUUAAGUCUACAAAAAUGGAAAUUUUUGAAAAACUUAAAAUUGCAUGCGAACAUCACAUGUGGUUAAUGGAAGAGGCACGUAAAGGAAAUGGAAUUGAUAGGCAUUUGUUUGGAUUAUGGUGUAUAGCGUACGAAAAAGGAAUCGACAUUCCAGAUUUUUAUUCUGAUCCAAUGUAUUUAAAAAGUGGAGGAGGUGGAAAUUUUGUAUUAUCUACAAGUACAUUAGGUUAUACAGCAUGCCUUGGAUAUGUUGCUCCGAUGGUUAUUGAUGGAUACGGUGUAUUUUAUAGUUUUACAAAUGAAUCGAUGCAAGUAGCAACUUCAGUUUAUUCAUCGAGUAAAAAGACAAGUGCUAAAAAAUUUAAUGAUAUGCUUUUUGAUACAUUCACGGAAAUCAAAGAAAUUAUAGACGAGAUUAUACCAAGCAUUUCGAAAUUAUAGUUUUAUUCCAAUUAAGUUUUAAAAUUUUUAUUUAAUAUAACAUUCUUUUAUUUUACUAUAACUUUUGAUGAUUGUAUUGUAAGGUUUUUCUUAUUAUUAUGUAAAAUUGUUGAAAGUAAAGUGGUGUACGGUCCCACAUUAAAAAUGUAAAACCUAGAAUAAAAUUUAAUGUUAAAGUGCUUUAUUUUAAAGUUUUUACGUGUAUUUACAUGUCUAUUGAAAAUGUUUAAUAACGUUAAGUAAAAAAUUAUUUUUGAAUAUACAUACAUAAUUAUUUUGUUUAAAUUUAUAGAAUUUUAAUAGAGCACUGGGAUAAAAAAGUAAACUGGUACUGUUCUUGUCCUAUUAUAAAUUCAGUUUCCUCAAUUUUAAGACAAGAUUUAAAUUUAAGAUAUACAUGUUAUACUAAAACAUAAAACAACUUUGCAAUUACCUUACGUGAAUCGACUUGAAUUGCUAAUUGAAGGAACAAAUUACGAAUUUCAAAAAUAUAAAAACAUAGUCAAACGGGCCAACUAAGAUUUAAUCAAUAUUAUUUAAAUAUAAUACGGGAAUCAAAAAUUUGAGCAGUUUUGUACCCGUAAGAUUAUAAUUUGCGUAUGUCUAGGAAGUCUAAAUUAAAUUUUAAAUUAAUAGACUACUACACCAUAACAAUUAUACAAUAUUUUAUACAAUUUUCUUUUUUAAAUUUUAAUUUUAGAAUUUGUAUAUUUUUUUUUAUAUAAUUGAAUAUGCCAAUAUUUGUGCAAAAUUAUACAUAUUUAACGCCAACAUUUAAAACAAUAGAAAAA